AUGGACUAUCUAUUGUUUGAUAUAGGCGGGAUAGAUGAAGAAGAACUUCUUAAUGCCUUAAACACGAUCCCCGAGAGUCUUGAGGAAACCUACCAGGAAGCACUUGAAAAGAUUCCAGCUAAGCAACAGCAACGAGUAUGGAAUAUCCUUAUAUGGCUCACUUGCUCACUUCGACCUAUGACAAUAGAAGAAAUUGCUGCAGUGGCUUCUAUUAAGUUUCCUAGCGAAGUCCUAGUAGUUUGCACUAGUUUGCUAGUAACAAUAAUUGACGAAAAAACCGAUAAGACUAUCAAGCUCGCCCAUUUCUCCGUUAAGGAAUACCUUAUUCUUAAGAGCGAAGAAUCUAAAGGUUUAUCACAGUAUAGAUUUCAAAGCGAACAAGCGCAAGCCUUUAUUUCGAAAACUGCAGUUGAAUAUUUUCUUCAUUCAGGCAACUCAAAUAUAUCUAAUAGAAAAGGGCUCCCAGCAUCAUUACUAAAGUAUUAUGCAGAAUUCUGGCCACGGCAUGCUAUUAAGGCUUUUGAUUCUGAUUACCACGAUACAAAAGAGUUACAAGACAAAAUCAAUUCAUUGUUUAGUCCAGAUCAUUCCCAGGGAUACAUCACUUGGCUUCAGACAUUUGACCAUGACAGGGAGAGAUAUGAUCAGUAUAUAAGAGCGGGAUAUCCUGAACCACUCUAUUACGCUGCGUUGCUUGGACUCCGAAUGACGGCGGAAAAGCUUCUGGUGCAAGGUUGUCGAAUAAGAAUGUACGAGGGGAGGAAAGGGAAUGCAUUGAAUGCAGCAGCUAUUGAGGGGAAUUUUGAAAUUAUAAAAUAUUCAGAGAAGCAUCACGAAAGGGUUUGGAGGAUGGCGGACUUGGCUAAAAUUGCGCGAGAAAUAAGAAAAAAUGUUGAAAAUACUUUUGUGCUAUUUUUAACAAAAGAGGCAGAGUUGGUGAUCACAGAAAAGGUUGUCAAGGCAGCGGCGGAGAAUGAAGAGUGUGGGAAAGAGGUGAUGAUGCUCUUGCUUGAGAAGCGAGGGGCAGACGUGGUGAUCACAGAAGAGGUUGUCAAGGCAGCGGCGGGGAAUAGACUUAAUGGCAAAAAGGUGAUGUUGCUCUUGCUUGAGAAGCGAGGGGCAGACGUGGUGAUCACAGAAGAGGUUGUCAAGGCAGCGGCGGGGAAUAGACUUAAUGGGAAAGAGGUGAUGAUACUCUUGCUUGAGAAGCGAGGGGCAGACGUGGUGAUCACAGAAGAGGUUGUUAAGACAAUUGCAGGGAGAUUUGGGAAAGGGGUGAUGAUGCUCUUGCUUGAGAAGCGAGGGGCAGACGUGGUGAUCACAGAAGAGGUUGUCAAGGCAGCGGCGGGGAAUUGGCAUAAUGGGAAAGAGGUGAUGAUGCUCUUGCUUGAGAAGCGAGGGGCAGACGUGGUGAUCACAGAAGAGGUUGUCAAGGCAGCGGCGGGGAAUGAAGAGAAUGGGAAAGAGGUGAUGAUGCUCUUGCUUGAGAAGCGAGGGGUAGAGGUGGUGAUCACAGAAGAGGUGGUCAAGGCUGCUGCUGUAAAUGGCCAAGAACAGGUUCUACACAUAUUUGAAACAGAUCUUGCUACCAAAGUUAGUAGCUGGGUGCCAGUUGCGCGACUUUACAACGCCUCAAAAGCUGGUAAUAAGAAUAUGGUUCAAACACUGCUAGCUCAAGGGGUGUACCCUAAUUCAAAAGACGAACAAGGCCGAACUCCAUUGUGGUGGUCUGCAUCGAACGGUCAUUUAUCUAUCACAACAUUGCUAUUGGGAAAAGACGAUAUACCUCUGAAUGAAGCGGAUAGGGAGGGGUGUACGCCAUUGCACGAAGCUGCUGGAAAUGGACACCUAUCAAUAGUCAAAAUCUUGCUAUGCCAAGAUGGCAUCAACCCUGAGUUGAUAGACAUCAAUGGAAAAACGGCUUUUGCAUGGGCGAUAGAGAAUGGAUAUGCGGGUAUUGCGGAUAUUUUAAAAACUUUUGUUAAAUCAAAAGAGUAG